UAUAUUUUAGUUAUUAAUGUAAUAAAUACUUAUAUAUAUAUAUAUCUAUUUAUUUGUAUAUAUACAACUAUAUAUUAAUCCAAAUGCAAAAAAAAAAAAAUUGUUCAAAACCUUCACCAAAUACAUAAAAAAUAUAAUUUUUAUAGUUAGAGUAUUAAAUAAAUAUAUAUAUAUAUAUAUAUAUAUUUAUAUAUGAUAAAAUAAAUAUUAAUAGUAAUUAUACGAUGAAACAUGUUACUGUUGAUAGGUUUAUGAAUAUAUUUUUUACGGGUUACUCAAAGAGACAUGGAACAUAUAUAUCUAAUAUAAACUAAUUGAACAAAUAUGUUAACACAAAUAUAUCAUAAAACAUUACAUUAACAUGAAUCGAUGCCAGAGAGUAAGGGUUAGUAUUAUAAUUAUUUAAAAAUAUAAUUAUAUAUAUAAAUUAUAAAAAUUAAGAAUUAAAUAUAAUAAAAUAUAUAUAUCAAAAUAAAAUAAUAAAUAUUUACAUUUCUAUUGCGAAUAAUGAAAUUAACUUUUAAAUUUAAAAUAAGCCAUAGACAAAACAUCAAAAAGUAUCUAAUAACUUGUGAAUAACAAAAGUAAAAUAACUAAAUAAAUAAACAAUUUUUUUUUCCAAACGUAAAUCAUUAAUUUGUAAUAGACAUAUACAUAUUAUUGAUGCUCAAAUCUAUUUCAUUUUUAGUAUGCAUCCUCUCAAAUAUUGAUCCAUUAACAAGAUUAAAUUUUAGUUGGACUAAAAUUGUAUUUAAAUUGGAAUAUCACUUUCAUAAUAUAUUCACUAUUCAUCUGAUUCAUGAAUAUAUAUUACAAUACUCUAAAUAUAAUAAUAAAUCAAACCGAAUUACAUAUUGGGUCAUCUACCAGCUCAACCGAUAACCAGAUCUCGGGUUUUAGCGGUUGUUACGGGUUUUAUAGAAUUUUUAAAUAACAGUUUUUUUUUUUGAAAACUAAAAUGGAUUACAUAUGAGCCACCGAAUUUGCCAAUUUUAAUGCGGAUCGGGUCGGAUUUCAAAACAUUGAAUAUAAUGUUCUAUUUGUAAUAUCUAAGUGUAGAUACAAUUAAAAUACAAAUUUAUAUCAAAUAAAUUUGGAAUGUUUCGAAAAUAAUUCCGCGUUUUGAAAGUGCGGAUCAAAAUCUAGUACUUAUAUUAAAAAUAUUGCGAAGCGUAGAAAUUAAGUGCGUGGUUACCUUUUCUGGUUCGUAAAGAGACCGGUGAAAACUGGCAGUUACGAGGACAUUUUUCUCAAAAAUUAAAACUUACGAGGACAUCGACAUAUCUUUAUGAUCAAAUACCAAUGUAAUAAAUGCAAAUAAAUGACACCGUUUUGUAAUAUAAAAAAAAAUGACACCGUUUUGUAUUUCGAUUAAAUUAGAGAUCUCAUAUGACUUUCACGGGAUUAAAUUUCCGAUUGCAUAUGACAUCACGACUUGCCCUUGGAAAAUAGAUAUAUUGACUAGUUUUUUUUCUUUUUUCUUGACUAGGUGAUUUAUAAAAUACAAUACUACGUGAUACCGUGAUUUCUCGACUCAUUGUUUCUUAACGCAUACAUUUAACCGAUACUACAAGAUGUGCAAAUGAUUUUUGUGUGUAAAUUUUAAAUGUGAUGCUCAUGCUCCAUCAGGGGCGGAUCCAAGAUGGUUUUUAGCAUGGGACACUUAACCAUUUCAAUAACUAAAAGCUUGAUAUAAGUAUACUUAAUUAAAUUUAACACUAGAUGUCAAUGAACAAAAAAAUUAGGGUGAGGCACAUGCCACACCCUCUAAUACAGUGGGACCGCCCCUGUGCUCCAUCUUUAAGAUGGUAAAUUUGUAGAUUCGAUAAUUACAACAUAGAGUAACCUUUCUGUUUCAAAAUACGAGAUAAAAAUUUCUGCUUUGACAUUUUCGAAUAUAGAAUAAAGACAAAACCUCUAAAUUAAAGGGGACUAAAUCACCACGGAAGUUCUUUACAAGGAAAUAUAUAUAGCAACGCAUCAAAUAUACAUUUGAUAACACUUUUGCACAAGUAUUUCAAAGAGUUUAAGAUGGGUUCUGAUGUACUAAUAGUAUAAUAUCAUAAUAAUAAUAAAAAUAAACAUGGGCAAACCACGAAGGGAUCGAUAAAGAAAGAACAUUAAUGUGAAAAAAGGACAGGAAGGGGUCGAAAACUAAAAGCAAGUUGGUUCGAGCGUCACCACCUUCACGUGGAAGGGACGUGGAGCUCGAAGUUCUACACUCGAUUCCGAAUCAUAAGACAGCGAAGCACACGUGUGUCCUCCUCGUUUUGCCCCAUAACGCUUCAUCUCCUCAACUGUCAGAUAAUAAAUCGCCCUAAAUUCGAUGACUUCCCAUAUACUCGUAGCACUUCCAGCUACAAGUCGCAAACACACACUUUGACUUAAGACUUAAGACACAUAUUAAUUGUACGAUAUUAUGAACGAUGUACCAUACGUAUUUCCAAAAGAAAUGCUGAACUUGGUGUUAUAACAGCAAGCACUAACGUCAUGCAAAAAUCAAUGAUAAUUGAUUCAUCACCGAUAGACAAAAUGACAAUGUCUAUAGUCCUAAAAUAUAAAUUGUCAAAUAUAUAUGUAACGAAGAUCUUAUAUAAGAAUGUCAAUUAUAUGGUCACUUUUAUCCACAAAACUUUUAUUUUUACGUUCACUUUAUAGAUAGCAUGUAAUAAAAAUAAAAAUACUCACCGAGACAACCAGUCAUAGCCGUCUGAUGAAAGUUGGAGGAACCAACAUCGUGCACUGCUGACAAAAUCCCUCGCACAUGCGGCUACGUGCAUUUCCAAAAAUAAUCAAAGUGGCUCGGAAAUGGGUUCGGUUCGGGGUGUGGUCCCACGUGUCUUUACCAUGUGACCGUCUGAGCUGGCACAUGCGAUUAACCGCUAAAUCAAAACGGCAAUAAUCAUUUGUUUCAUUAGAUCGAUGAUCACUAGUUAUUAAUCUAUUGCUUAAAAGCUGUGCCACACGUGCAACCUCGUCAUGGAUACUCAGAUGAUCUCUAUGCUUUAUUUUAUUCACGCCUUUAUAUGCUUGAUUUACAUAUAUACCCUUGGCUUGGAAUCAUAUAGUAUCAUUAUUGUUUUUUUUCUUCUUUCAGAAGUGAGUUAUUUGCAAAUGUAAUAAGCAUGUUUAUAGCUUGGUUGGUGGGAUAUAUAUAUAAUUUUAAAACUAAACGUGUCUUUUAUCAUUACUAGUAUAAUUUAUACUAUAUUAAAAUAAAAUGGAAAUACAUUUAAUAUCAUAAUGACUAUUGACUGAUUUUAAAUAGUUAUAAUUAUCAAGGAAAUAAAUAAAUUAUAACAUUUUUCUUGAUUAGUGUGUAGAAUACUAAAAUCACACUUGUUGUGAAAAUAGAGAGAUAAUAAGGUUGUGCGACCAAAUCAAUAAUGAGUCGAGAUUUUGCAAUCAAAUAUCGGACAUACUGAUCUCUACAUAUCACACUAUUAAGGAAGCUAAAUCACACUAUAAAUUUAUGUUGCCAAGGUGUCUGUUGCUUAAAAUGAUGAAAGUUGUUCUCCCACAAACUUAUAUUCUAUCUGCCCAUCAACCAUAUACAAUCAUUCUUUUCUCGAACUUGUCCUCUUUAAUCUUUAUAUCAUUGACCGCUGAAAACAUUCUUGAGCUUGAACUUGCACCGGCCCAAUAUCUUCUCUAACCCUUUGUCUUGCGUCUGGUCCAACAGAGACCCAUUCAAAUGUGUUAACUAAAGUUAAGUCUAAAAACAAUCCUCUUUGCAUUUUUUCAAUUUCGUAUGCUUACUGUUAAACACACACACACACAAAAACACAUUUGAUCGUUUGAUCUAAACAUAUGAGGAAAACGCCGAUAAAUAAAAAAAUACUAAAAAACGUGGAUCUUGAUGAGACUCUAAUUUUGAUGGGCCCAAAGCCAGUAAAUAAAAUACUCAGGUCAGAAAUAAAGAAAAAAAGCUGAAACGGUAGUGUAUGGUACUUUAUGUACAUGUUUUGACAAGUACGGAUUAGAUUUAGAAAAACAUGCAACCGAAGAUCAGGAGAGUGAGUUUCAACAAAAGAAGUAAUGUCAACGGUUCUUCAGCUUCCGAUACCGACCUUUCUUGGCCGGAAAAGCUCUCUACUUCCCGAUUGAUUCGUCAGGCUUGUUUGAAUCAUGGAUUCUUCUAUCUCACGAAUCAUGGCGUUCCCGAGGAGUUGAUGAAAAGAGUGUUCAAGGAGAGCAAGAACUUGUUCUCUUUUCCUCUUGAUGAGAAGAUGGUGAUGGUUCGACGUGGUUUUAGAGGUUACUCACCUUUGUACGACGAGAAAGGUGAUUCUAAGGAGAUAUUCACUUUUGGAUCUUCAGAGGGAGUUUUAGGUCAACAUUACCCUAAUAAAUGGCUUUCUGAAGACCUUUUGCCGCUAUGGAGGCCAACCAUGGAACGCUACUAUAAAAGUGUUGUUAGGGAUGUUGGCAAGAAAUUGCUUGGCCUAGUGGCCUUAGCGUUGGAUUUGGAAGAGAACUUCUUUGAAAGAUUGGGAGCCUUCAAUGAUCAAGCAGCAGUUGUUCGCCUCUUACUUUAUUCAGGAGAGUUGAAUUCAUCUGAAGAAGAAGAAGAAGAAGAAACAUGUGGGGCCUCUGCUCAUUCAGAUUUUAGAAUGCUAACUCUUCUUGCAACAGAUAUGGAGUUCCAGGGCUUCAAGUUUGUAGGGAUAAAGAUAAAGAACCAAAUGUUUGAGAAGAUGUCCCUGGAAUUAAAGGUGCUUUUAUUGUCAACAUCAGAGACCUCAUGGAGAGAUGGACUAAUGGGCUUUUCCGGUACACAACAAAAGUUCCACUCUUUCAUUUCAGGGCAUUAUAUUGAUUUCAAAACCUCACUCUUAUGUGCGUUUUAUAGAUCAACAAUGCAUAGAGUGUGUCAGUUGGAGAAGAACGUUACUCGGUGGCUGUAUUUCUAGAUCCAGACCCAAACUGUGUUGUGGAGUGCUUGGAGAGUUGCUUUAGUGAAACAUCCCCUCCUAGGUAUUAUCUGAAUUUUGAUUGUUAAGGGUGAAUUUCAACUAAUAAAAUGUUUUGGUCUUUAAUCGGAAAACCAAAAAGGUUGAUUUGUGAAUAUAUUUCCCCUCAGGUUUCCACUGGUCCGAACCAGUGAUUAUUUCCACGACCGAUUCAGCCAAUCCCUCAUCUCGAGACUUUGCCUUAUUAAUAAAAAAACUUGUGUGUUGUGUCAUCAAAAACUCGGAAGUUUCUGCUGCCUCUACGUUGUUGAUAAACCUUAAUAUUGUUAUAUAUGGUCCUUGUGACUAGAUGGGCCAAAACGAUAAGACUAAGAGCAUGCUGAAUUUCGAAAAACAGUUCUCUAUGCUACUUAUAAAACUGUUUGAUGUUGUUGUGUCUUUAAUAAGGCAUGUCUUGAACAAGGACUCUUCUAUGUAGAGUCAUGACGUCCCAGAAGAAUUGAUAUAAGGGGGUGUUUUCAUGGAUAGCAAAGACUUCUUUAACCUCCCACAAGAGGAAAAUAUAGCAUACAAUCCUGCAAAGUAGAUAUUACUACAAACCAUGGAAUCUUACUACAAGAAUGUCCUGUAAGCUUGCCGGUUCCUUUUUUAUUUUUCUGCAAAGUAAUUAUUGAACAAAAAAUUGGAUCAUCAUAGAUGCAGGUCUUCUCUAAACAUUUCAAAUUGAAAAUAGGUUUCAAGUUUGUAUUAACAGUUAGAUUUGAACUUUGAUGGUAGGGAUACAUAUAAGCUAUUCUAGGCGAUGAGAUCGGUAGUACAAAUAUGUGCAACCUUAUGUGCAUGUGUGUGUUCUUGAAAUAUUCAACUUAUAAAAGAGAUAUGUAAUUUCAUAUAUAUCUCCUCCUUUGAUCUUCCAUUUUAGUUUCCUAGAUUGACUUGCUUGUUGGUGUUUGAUAUUUUGCUUUGCUGCUUUAAGGUCUGUGUGUAGGUGGUGCAGUCGUAUUAAUGGUAACUCAGCUCAAAUCUAAAUUUCUAGAGACCUGACUUCUUCGAUUGAUGAACUUAUACAAAAUCAAUGCAAGGCUCAAAUUGAUGACAUAAUCGAAUCAAUGCAAGACUUUAGAGAAAAAAAAACUCUAGUUUAUUAUCUUUCAAAGACUGGUUAUCAAAAGCAACACUACAAUGACUUAUAUAGGUUAUAAGAGUCAUCUAAAUCUCCAAACUCACCUAAAAAUAGGAAAACUAAUAAAAUGAAAACAUAACAAGAAAAGGAAAUCUGUUAAAUGAAAGCCGACAAAGAAAAAUGGUCGCUUGGCGCUGAAAGUAUCAUGAUGCUGCAUCAGGUCUCUUGGGGUUAGAAAUAUUCGACUUCGAAUCGGGCACUGGAUCAAAGAUACCGAACAUUAAACACGUCUGAGGUCCUGAUGUUAGCCCGAAGUUGCAGGCGAUAAGCAUUGUCAUUAAUACGCUCGAGAACCUCGAGAGGACCAAUCUUCUUCGCUUUGAGUUUGUUAUACGCAUGAGCUGGCAUCCUGCCUUUAGUGAGAAAUGCCCAUACAAGGUCACUGAACUCGAAGACAAGCCGUAAUUUAUGUUAAUCAACAUCAGCCUUGUAUUUAAUUGCAGAUGAUUCCAAAUUCACAAUAACCUUCUCACGCACUUGAUGAAUGUUGUCGAUGAAGUCAUCAGCGACACCAUGAAGCCGUGUGUUGUCUGGAAGAGUGGACAAGUCCAAGGAACCUCGAGUAAGAACACCAUAUAUAACUUGGAAGGGACUGAAUCCAGAACUUCUAUUGAGCGCAUGGUUAUGAGCAAACUCAACUUGAGGAAGAUUUGAAUCCCAUGUCUUAGUAAAUCCCCAACGAGGUAACGAAGCAAGUUUCCUGAAGAGCAGUUUGUGACCUCAGUUUGUCCAUCCGUUUGAGGAUGAUAUGCAUAACUCAUGUCGAGGCUUGUACCAACAUUUUUCAAAGCGAUUGCCAAAUGAUCCAAGAACUGUGAAUUACAAUAAGAAAUUAUAGAAGUCGAUAAACCAUGAAAACGAUACACCUCUCGAAAGAAUAGAGUUCUGACUUAUAAAGCGUUCGUUGUACGUUUGCAAGGCACAAAGUGGACCAUUUUUCGAAAAUCGAUCAACAAUGACAAAUAUGGAGUCAAAACCUUUUUGCGUACGAGGAAGUCCCAAGACAGGACCAUAGUGUGUUUGGAUUGGUCAAGGAAGAUAAAGACCAGCGUUUGUUGCGUGCCCUUUUGAGGUUUGGCACAUCAUACAACGCUCGACGAAUCUGUCCACAUCACGCCGUAUGGACGGCCAAUAGUAAUAUUUGGAAAUCAAAUGUAAAUUCAUGCCGCAUUCGAUAUAUCCUUCAUUAUGUAUCUCUGCAAUGAGUUGAAUACGGAUACUACAAUCAGGGACGCAAAGUCGAUCUUCAUAAAAAAAAUAGCCAUUUUGAAGCGUAUAGUCACGCGAUGUACCUGCUUGAGCGUCCAAGAGAAUGCGGCCAAGAAAUGCAUCAGAAAAGUACAUGUCCGCGAAAGCUGCGAAGCAUGGGACAGAGACGUACAAAACAGCCAAUACGGAAUGUCGACGGCUCAUUGCAUCAUCGACUCGAUUCGACACACCAGAAAUGUGUUUAAUAACAAAAGAAAAUUACUGCAGAUAAGACACCCACGCAGCAUGACGAGCGGAUACUUUGUCCUGACUGUUCAAGUGCUUCAAUAUGUCAUGGUUGGUGAAUAGAACAAACUCCCUAUGGAAAAGAUAAUGUCUCCAAUGCUUAAUUGCUUGAACUACAACGUAAAACUCAACAUCGUAGGUACUGUAGCGAGCUAUGGCGCCUCCCAAUUUCUCGUUAAAGAACACUAUUAUUCUGUUAGAUUGACUCAAGACCGCACCAAUUCCUGUUUUGGAUGCAUCAUAACGUAGCUCAAACACUUGAGUGAGAUCAGGCAGAGCCAAAAUAGGAGCUGUCAUCAGCUUUGUUUUGACAAUCUCGAAAAUUACACCUGCCUCAGGAGUCCACGUGAAGGUACUGUUUCGACGAAUGCAGUCCGCAAGUGGCGCCAUCAAGCUACUAAAUUGUGGAACAAAUCGACGAUAAAAAGAUGCCAUACCAUGAAAACUUCGUCUCAAACAGCGUAGUAGGAGUUAGCCACGAUUUUAUUGCAUCCACUUUAAUUGGAUCCACAACGAACCCCUCUACAAAAGCAAUAUAACCGAGAAAGUGAACCUUAGGAGAGUCAAACUAACACUUCUUCAAUGUAGGAUAGAGUUGAUCACAAUGAAGGACAAGAAGUACUUCUCGUAAGUGCAUGAGGUGCUCAGCUAAAGUCAUGCUAAAGAUCAAAAUAUCAUCAAAAUAAACGACCACAAAUUUGCCAAUAAAAGAAUGCAAAGAUUGGUUCAUGACGCGCAUAAAGGUGCUCAGAGAAUUUGACAAACCGAAAGGCAUGACAAGCCAUUCAAAAAGUCCUUCCCGAGUUUUAAAUGUCGUCUUCCACUCAUCUCAUGGCCUGAUUCGUAUCUGAUGAUAUCUUCUUCGAAGGUCAAGCUUAGAGAAAAUCAUUGCAGUGCUUAUCUGGUCCAAUAGAUAAUCAAGAUGAGGGAUGUGAAAUCUGUAGCGCACUGUUAUCUUAUUAAUAGCACGACUAUCAACACAAAUUUUCCACGAGCCAUCUUUCUUUGGAAUAAGUAAUGCUGGUACUGCACAAGGACUUAAACUCUCAUGUAAAAAUCAUUUGACCAUAAGAUCUUUAACAUGUCGUCUAAGGUCUUCAUGCUCACUUGGACUCAUGCGGUAAUGAGCUCGAUUGGGAAGAACUGCGUCUGGAUCUAGAUCAAUGAGGUGUUGAAUAUCUCUGAGCGGGGAAGACCAGGUGGUAAGUCGCUGGGAAAUAAAUCGUGAAAUUCGUCCAACAAUGUUGUGAAGUCAGAUGGAAUCAGUGGAAUUGUAGAAGAAACCAAUGAGUUCACCAGUAUGAGACACACCCUUCUUCUCGUAGUGCCAUCUCGAAAGGUUUUCGUUGAAGAAUGAGGACAUGCGCUGAAGAUGUACUUUUCUUCUCUGGUAAUGACGGUUGGAGAGUAAAAUUGUGAUUGUUAUGGUGAAAGCUAUAAGUGUUGUGAUACCCAUCAUGUUGAAUCCGAUGAUCAAAUAUCCAUGGCCGGCCUAGGAGUAGGUGACAUGCGUCCAUUCAAGCUACAUCACAGUGAAUUUUAUCUUUGAAUGUUCCUCCAAUUGAGUAAGAGAUGAGAGUACGGCGAGUGAUGAGAAGGUCUGUUUUAUGAUCCAGCCAAUCCAAUUUAUAAGGACAUGGGUAGAGUUCCGUUGGGAGCUUUAGUUUGUUGAUGACAUCUUUGGCUACCACAUUUUCACUGCUACCCGAAUCAAUGAUAAACUUGCAAACUUUACCAUCAAUGGUGCACUUAGAGUGGAACAGGGUAUGUCGUUGAGGGUCUUCGUCCAUGAUUCGUGGAGCAAGACACACAUGGCAAACCAUGAGACAUGGUCCAUUAUCAGCGACAAGAUCCUCUCUUUCUUUAAUGGUUUCUGGCACUUCUUCACAUAUAUGACCUCACCAUUGUUAUCAGAAGCAUCGAGUAAGAGACCUCGGCGGUUAUGAGUUGGGAAAUUAGCUUGGCGAUGACCAAUGUCUCCACAUGAAAAGUAACAAAGAGAGCUUAGUCGAGAAGUGUUCUUGUGUGUGAACAUAACAAUGGUUGUGUCACUUUUACGAGGGAUGUAUGCGUCAGUUGAAGUGGUUUGUGUAGGAGUACGGGACGGACGAGCUGUGGACUAAGAUUGUAUUUUCAAUGGUGAGGGCCUGUUGAUGAGCUUCCGACAAGGUUAAUGGGUUGAACAAAUUGAUUGUGUGCUGAAUUUGCUGACGAAGGCCUGCAGUGAAUCUAACAGCGAGUUGGCGCUCAUAAUCUUGAAUAUCAACCUGAGUAAGUAGUAAGAAAAAUUUUGUUGAAUAUUCUACAACAAAACGAGAUCCCUGACAUAUGUUAUGUAGUCUCUGGAACAUAAGCUGAUCAUAUUUAUAAGGCAGGAAUGUUUUAUUGAGUUUCGAUUUAAGCUUGUCCCAAGGCAUUAUCUUAAGCUUCCUGAGAUGAGCUCGUGUAGAUUUCAAUUGCGUCCACCAUGCUGCUGCUCUAUUUCGAAAUUGCAUUGUAAGAACAUGAGCACAACAGUCCAUUGGUGCUAUUUUGAAUUCUAGCAUUUCUUCAACUGUGACAAUCCAGUCGAGAAGUUUUCCAGCCGAGGAGUUGCCAUGGAAUUCUGGAAUCUCUGUUUUAAAUCAUGUUUCCCAUUGAAAACCUUCAUUGACUCCUUCACCAGCAUCACGUGCAAGUGUGCGGUUAUUACGGAGAGGGUCAAACAGAUUAUCAGCAAACUGGUUCUCAUCUCCAUCAUCUUCUCUGUCUGUGUCGUCGGCUUUGUUAUUGGCGGGGAUGUCAACAAGGGGUGAGGGUGCAUUUCCUUGAACAUUGAGGUUCUGGUGGAUGGCAGUGAUGUUUUGCAUCUGGGCUUUAAGCUCAGCGAUUGCAUCACGGGUAAUUUCUGCUUCGGUUCAAACAUGAACUCGUCUUGGUCUUGCCAUGUUGAAUGGAAAAAUUCAAGGAGCGUAGCAAAGCUCUGAUACCAACAUGACGCAGCGUAUCAAUGGUAACUCAGCUCAAAUCUAGGGAUUUGGGUUACUCUAGAGACCUGACUUCUUGGGUUGAUGAACUUAAUCAAAAUCAACGCAAGGCUCUCGAAUUGAUGACAAAAUCGAAUAAGGUUUUAAAGAAAACUCUAGUUUAUUAUUUUUCAAAAACUGAUUAUCAAAAGCAACACUACAAUGACUUAUAUAGGCUAUAAGAGUUGGCUAAAUCUCCAAACUCAAUUUUUUUUUGUUUAACUCUCCAAACUCAGCUAAAAAUAGAAAAACUAUUAAAAAUAAAACAUAAAAAGAAAAAAUAAUCUGUUAAAAGAAAGCCGACAAAAAAAUGGUUGCUUGGCGAUGAAGGUAUCAUGAUGCUGCAUCAGUGGGAAAUGCUCUGCUUGAUUGCCUUGGCAUUGGAUAUAGAUGAGGACUUCUUCGAACAAGUCGGAGACUUAAUGAUACUAUAGAUUUUUUUCGCCUUUUAUGCUCUAUAUCCAGGUAUCUACGUACAUCAAUUUCUGGUUAGAUUGAUAUUAUUUAGGGGCCCCUAUUAUUUAUAAUGAACUUUGAUAAGAGUUGGAUCUUUACAAAGCAAGGGUACAUUUAUCAAAAUAUAUGUAACCAGUGGAUCAUAUCUGCAUCUGUUAUGAUUAUAGAUGAAGUGGUUUGUGCACAAAAAAAAGGUGAAGUGGUUUAGUCGGAUGUAGAAACAUAUGGGGCCUCAGCCACUCAGAUUUUGGAAUGGUCACUUUUCUUGACUGAUGAAGUUCCAGGACUUCAGGUGAAUAUUUCUUAGUCUUUUUUUCUUACAUCCAAAUAUUUCUUAGUUUAGAUUGUAAAUGUUUUCAUACACUUUCUCUUUUAGCAAUGUCCUUAGGCUAUCAGCAACAUUGAGAUAAACAUUUGGGUUUCUGAAAAACAAAUAUAAGUAUUUAAAAUAAAAGAAACUAUCACAGGCUGACAGGUGUAGUAUAAAUGGUCUUAACCGUUUACAAUAAGACAUCUGUAGAAAAGUUUUUUUAAAAGGUUGGCGUGAGCUCUUCCCGGAGAGACGUCCCACUCUCUCUUUCUAACUUUUUCUGAUUUUUCUACUUUUAUAUUAUUGAGAGACUAUAAGAGAGCUUCACAUUGCUCGUGCCCUUAGAACAUCUACAUUGAUGAGUUUUUCACUAAUUAUAUUAAUAUUUAAUUGGUGAAUUUCUCAGGAAAAAGAAAGAGAAAUUUAUAGUAAAAGCUUUUCUGAAUCAAAUAUUAGUAUAAUUAGUGAAAAAUUAUGGUGAGACACACUAAUGUUUUUACACCGUAUUUGAACUCAUUUUUAGGUUUAUAAAGACACAUGGAGACAGACACUUAUUUGGGAAAACGUACCUGAAAUUCGAGUGUUAGUUUACCUUGUAGCUUCUCGAUUUUGGAGGUUUGUUGAUUAGAGCUAGCCUACGCAGCUUUAGUCUCUAGUCUAUGGCUUUUUGUUACGAAAUGUGAAGAAAAGUUUUUGAUUGAAAUAAUGAAAUGUUAGUAUUCGACUUUUACGUUUUGCAUGAAAUUGUGCUCUCUCUCUCUCUCUCUCUCUCUCUCUCUCUCUCUCUCUCUCUCUCUCUCUCUCUCUCUCUCUCUCUCUCUCUCUCUCUCUCUCUCUCUCUCUCUCUCUCUCUCUCUCUCUCUCUCUCUCUGCCUUGAUCGAACCCAUGAGCUGGACUGCUGGAGCAUAGUCCACAUACCAAAUGGCAUGAAAUUGUGCUAUUAAGAAUACAAUUUAUUGUCGUUCACAUGGAUGCAGAGUUACCAUUGUGGUUUGCAGAAUUUUAGAUGAAUCUGUUUAUCUUAAUGUCAAAAAAAAAACUUCCUCCAUCUUAAACUCGAUAUAAUUUCAAGUUCUUAACACAUAUUAAAAAGAUAAGAAGAUAAAUUAGUAUAAAAACUACAUUAAAAUUAUAAAAUAAUGUUUAUUUGGAAAAAUUUCCAGAAAAAUGUUCUAACUAAAUUUAGUUAACCUUUUUAAUGCUUUAUUUUUUUGCUAUUCAAUUUAAUACUUCAAAUAGUGAUUUUUUUUAAUUUUAUUAUACUAAUUUUAAAAUAUGAUCAUUUUAAUACUGAAAGUCUGAAAUUGUGUUUAUUUUAAGAAAAAUUAUUAAUACGCCUUUAAACAAAAUUUAAAUGAUUUUUCAAAUUAAAAACAAAUCAUUAGGAAUAAAAGGAACUAAAUCGCUUAUAACCUAAUACUUUUUACUUCUAAUUUUAAAUUUUAAUAUUAUAUUUAAUUUAAUUUGUGGAACAUAAUACUAGUAUAUUUAUUUUUCAUUCAAAAAUAAUUUCAUCCAAACUUUAGUUAUUUUUGUUCCAAAAGGUUUAAAACUAAAUUAGAAAAAAUAAGAUUUUUUUAAAAGCUACUCUCUCUCUUCUCACUGUUCUCUCUCUGGAUCUUUCACGGGGGAAAAGAAGAGACGAGAAGCUUCACUUUCGAUUCAAUCUUAUGAUUGAAUCGAUUUUUUGGGUGUAAAUAUUUCCGAUCUGCAGAUCGAUUGUGUGUUUUCGCAAGGCGAAUUCUCUCUUCGCUAAGGAGAUUUAGUUUCGCCAAAGGCGAUUUUGAUGUGUAGCAGUUUCAUCCAAAUCGAAUUGUUUAUCAAUCUUUCUUCGAUUGGUUAAAACAUAAAUAAACCUUUUAGAUCGAUUCUUCUCUUUGUUUUUACUUAAUAAUAUACCGUCUAGUUAAGAUGUUUGUUUUCUCUUAUUAUUUAGAUACGCUCAGGUUUUGAUUCGGAGAUGGUGUCAUCCUUUGUUUCGAGUUCGAGCAGAGUCUCCAUGAUAAUCAAAACCUCAGAUUUGGAACGCGCUUUGAAGAUACACGGUAGCGUUCUGACAAGAUUCUAUCUUUGAUUCUACUGAAGCUUUUCCCUGGAUAAAUUCUAGCAGUUGGAGAAGAUGACCUUGAAAUCGACGGCGAUUGGAGGCAUGAAUAACGUGCAAGCAGCCUCAAACAAGUUUUGAAAUGAAGAUCCGUGAGUUUUCGGCACUGCCUUCUUCUUUCACGGACUGGAAGAGAUGAAGCCAUGAGUUGACCACGUAUUCAUCAUGCAAUCUAUCAUUAUCUUUAAGAUAUGGGCUUUAUCUGGGCCAAAUUGUAUUCUAAACUGUUUGUAACAAUGUCAUUUGAGCUUUCGUUUAUUGAAAACGAAAGUUGACAAAAAAUUUUUUUAAAAAAAUUGAUUUAAAAAAAAAUUCUUUUGAAACUUAUCAAUGCUUUUAUAAAACAUAAUUUCAUUAUUAAAAUAAACACAAUAUAUUAAAAUGAACAAAAUAAUUAUUCAACUACUAAAUUUAAUAUUAAAAGUUUUAAUAAAAUUUAGUUGAUGUAUUUUUAUAGAUUUUUAUUUAUUUAUUUUGUAACGAUAAAUUUAUUUAUAACAAUAUUUAAUUUAUCUACGCAGUUGAAUGAAAAAAACAUGUUUAGAAAUUUAAGUUUGAUUUGUAAUGAAAAACAUGUCUUCCCUAAAAAAUAAUACUCAGUCAACGAUAUAUAAACUAAAAAACCGUGGGAUUUGGACGGAGUUUACGUAUUUGGACCAUACUGCUACACGUGACUGAUUUUCUGUGGUUCUAGCUUAAGCGACAAUUU